AUGGAAGCAGACAUCAGUCUGAACGAUUUGAUGGGACGUAUCCGAGGACAGCCCAGCCUCACAACCGAGCAGAAGGCUCGCAUCGCCGGUAUAUUUGCAAGGGUCGUGGGCUCCGGACGAACGACAGUCUCUUCGAUCGUUUCACAAGCUCGGACUCGUGGGACCGUUGAAACUGCUGAGAAGAGCAACCGACCUCGAUUGAAUAGCGAGCAAGACUUGAUGCAGCUUCAACGGUCCCUUGCAAGCCACCCCAAGUCAACCCUAGCAGAG